GAUGGGGAAUACCUAGAGAAGCAGUAUAAUGGCAACAGAUGAUGAUGAUGCAAUGACAUUUUCUAGCGUGCUGUGUGGUGUUUCCCCCUGUAGAAGAGAAGAUAAUGAUGAGAGUUCUGUGGAUAUUUAUGAUGGGUUAGACAACACUCCAGUUGUUUCUGUCAGUCUUGCUACAGAAGCAACCCCAGCCGGAAGUAGUUUAAAUCUGUUUGAUGAGAUCCUCAUUGCAGAAGGGACAGCAAAGGAAGCUUCAUAUAAUGAUUUGCAGGCCAAACAUGAGAAAUGUCUGCAACAACUUCAAGAGUUGAUGAAGAAGCUUCAGGAAAUACAAGAACAGAAUUCCACUCUGCAAAAUGAAAACCAGUCCCUUAAAAAGAAUAUUUCAGCUCUUAUCAAAACAGCAAGAGUAGAAAUUAAUCGCAAAGACGAAGAAAUCAGUAAUCUCCAGCGAAGGUUAUUGGCAUUUCCAGUUCAUCAGAAUGCCUACAGUAGAACAUACUUUGCAGCACCGAUUAAUAACGCAAGGAACUUUGAAGGAUUGAAAAAAAAUAAAUGCAAAGAAUUUCUUCCAGAGAACAAUCUAAAGACAGAUCUUAGGACUAAACCUGCCACUCCUAAAGACGUUCCUCAUAGUUAUCCAUCUUGUGAUACAGAAAAUCAGAAAUUUCAUUCAGAAAAAAGAAAUACUCCAUAUGUACCUAGAUCUCAUCCUGAACUGCUUCACAAUGAUGCUAAUUCAAGGCUGACAAAUGUUAGCAAUUCUUCUGACAAAGAAAAGGGGAAAAAAGAAAUGAGAAAUGAUGACCAUCAUAGCAAGGAGAAUGGCUACAGAUACAAAAAGAAAGGACACCAAAAUAUGGAUAGCAUCACAGAUGGAAAGUUGCAAGUUGACUCAGAAAAACCAGUCAGACUAUUCAAAGACACUAAGAACACAAAGCUCAAAAGCAGCCCAUGUUCAGAACAAAGAACUGAUACAUUUCCUUCCACUUCAGAGAAACAACCUCUUAAUGAUCGAUUUCCAUCAAAAAUGGAAUAUUCUGAUAAUCACAGGAGUGAAGAGUCACAAAACUUAAAGCAGAAGGACCCAAAAACACAAAACAAAGAUGAAAGCAGUAGCAUACAGAAAACCAAGCCUUCUGAAAGGAAUCUUGAUCAACAAAGAAGAAAAGGUAAUAACGGUAGCAGUCUACCUGAAAAAAGUCCAAGUGCUCAAAAAUUAAGUAAAAGCUAUGUGGAAGACAAAAAGGUAACAGACAGCGGUAACAGAAAAAACAGAGGAACAAAUAAUCAUGAGUUCCAAGGAAAGAGACUACUGUCACCAUCACCUCCAACUUCUAACAAAAAACACAAACGCAGCCAUUCUAAGGAAGAGAGCAUUAAACAGGAACAUGAAAGCAUGCAUUCAAAAUCCGAGAGACAUCGAACUGAAGAAAAAAGGAAAAACAAGAGAGUGACCAUUGGAGACAGCAAGAAUUCUCAGGCUGAAAGAACAGAUUCAAAGGAAGUGUCGCAAAGAACAGCAAAAGUUGUAAAUAUCAUAGAGGACUGCACUGCAAGGGAACAAAGCAAACCCUUUCCAUCAUGUGAGACUACCAAGAUAGCAGAUGGCCUGGAGGAUCAAAAGCCCAUAAAAGCUAGAAGAGAUGAAGACCAGAAAAAAAGCAAACACCUAAAACUGAGUUUUAUGCAGAAAUUAAAUUUAACACUUUCUCCUGCAAAAAAACAAACAGGUGAACUCAAACAAGUAGUACAGCCUACCAGUGGAUGUGACGGAGAGAUUCCUGGUAAACUUCUUAGUACUAGUGCUGCUAAGCAAAAGAACCUACCAUCAGUACCAAUCCCUGACAAUCCUGUUCCAGCCAAUUCAGAACGAGUAGUUUUUAUUUCAGAGGCCAAAGUGGAUGUGGUAACUGAGAGCCUGCCAAAAAUACAGAGCACAGAGUCAUCUAAGAAAAUAUCAGAACCACAAAAUACAGUGAAGGGUGAGCUGGUUGAUAACCUGCCUGAAGCCAGCGUAGAGACUGGAGAAGCUGAGGAAACACUUAGGCUUCCUAGCCUGGGAAUCCCCUUGAAUGAAGACACUCUGCCAGACAAUAGUUUCAAUGACUUCGAGACUAUAAGUUCUGUGGAUUUCGAUUCCUAUAGUGUGAUAGAUGAAAUCAGUGGAACAGAUUCAGACUCACUGGUGGAGGUGGAAGACGCUGGUAAUUGUGAAGGUGAAAGAGUUGUGGAGCAUCCUGGUAAAGAAAACAACCUUCCCAAAAUUGUGCCACAGGAUGCCAAAGAAGAAAGUAAAGUAUUGAGUAGGGAUGUGUCAGUAACUGACCAAAAGUCACAUAACUCAAAACUGAGCUGUCUUGACCAAGGAAGCCAUUUAGAAAAGCUAUGUAAGAAAGGGGUAAACUCUGCCCCUCUAGCGAGAGAUGCCAACCCCGUUUCUGUUGAUGAUGAUAAUUCUGUACUGAGCAUUGAUCUCAAUCACAUGAGAUGUAUUCCAAAAGCAAUCAGUCCACUUAAUAGUCCAAUGCGACCCUUGGCUAAAGCACUCAGAGAGGAAAUCACUUACACAGGACCUGUGAACAGUUAUAAUAUAGAUUUAAUGCCUGAAAGCACAGCUGUCUGUCCUGCAAGAAACCUGUCUAGUGAACCCAACAAAGAAAAUCAAAAGCCAGUUUGCACAGAUCCCCAAGUAUUAGAGAUAGAAUCCCAGCUGAGCAUGUCGUCAGAUGAACUAGAAGAAGGUGAAAUUGUUAGUGAUGAUGAUAAUCUUAACAGUGAAAGAAAAUCUGAAUACAGUAAAAAAUCAAGAGGAAAAGCAUCUUCUGAAAGAUCUACUUUGAUGAAUAGUCCACAAAGCCAGAAGUCAAAGACUAUACCUUACAAUGAAGACAAAGAACAAUUGGCUUCUGGAAAAAACAGUAAAGGAAAACCCAGAAUUGGAACCAUGAGGUCUUCUAAAGAAACAAAGAAAAACAAAUCUGUGAAAACUGUCUGUCUUGAAAAAAUAGUUCAGAUUACUGCUGAGCCUUCUACUUUGCAUGAGUUUAUGCAAAUGCUAAAGGCUAUAAGAAAGCAAGUACGUAAAAACUACAUGAAGUUUAAAGUACAGUUUCCAAUACAGAAUUUUCAUAGGAUUAUAGAUUCGGCAAUUUCGAAUUUUACAUCUCUGGUAAAAUAUCUUAACUUCUCGAAAAUGUCUAAAUCAAGUGAGACUUUAAAGUUGAAUCUCUGUGAAGUUAUAGAAUCCAGGCUUAAGCGAAUUAAAAGGAAUGGUACAAUAGAUCAUCUCUUUGAACAACAACAAUCAGAUAUGAAGAAAAAGUUGUGGAAACUUGUGGAUGAGCAUCUUGAUAACCUAUUUGACAAAAUAAAGAAAAUUCUCCUGAAACUGUGCAACUUAAUAAAUACUGUAAAUGAGAAUGGUGAUGGUAAACCUAAUAAAAGAAUUAAAGAGAGCCCUAAAUGCCUUAUAAGCCAUAAAACUGAUGGAAAAAAACCAAAGAAGCCAUCUUUAAAUGUUAGAACUCGAAAGGCUGAAGAAUGUAUCCUUCCAAAGCCUGUAGUGGGCAACCAGCUAUCCAAGAGAGGUCACCAUGGCACAAGUAAAACGGACGCACACAAAAAAUUGGUUACAAAAUGUACAAGUUCCUAUACAGAUAAUGCAAAACGAUGUCAGGCUAGUAUUGAGCUUGUCAAACAGAAGUCUAUACAGGAUACUGAAUCGGCUUUGAAAACUGGAAAAUAUGAAAAAGUAGAGCCACAACUGGUUGAAAAUUCUCACAAGUCUGAUAUUAGCUGUGGACCUCUCACAGAACAGCAGAUGUCUGGCCUAACAUUUAACCUGGUGAAUGAUGCUCAAAUGGGUGAGAUGUUCAAAAGUUUGUUACAAGGUGCUGGUUUUUCAGAAAAAAACAAUGAGUUCAUGGAUGAAAAUCAGUGGGAAUUCAGGACACCAGAAAAACACCUACUCAGUGGACAGAACUGUGGAAAUGAUACUGUGUAUGAGGCAGAAGAAUCAUUUCCAAAAGAGACCCAAAUAGAGUCAAGGAUACUAGAUGGCAUUAAAUGGCCUGUAGUUUCACCUGAAAGAGACUCAACUUUUUUAACUAGACUUCCAAUGCCUGUCGAUCCAGAUAUUCUAGAUGAAAACUGUAUGUUUGACAUUCCUUCUAGUCCAGCUUUGAAGAAAAGCGAGGCAUGCAUUUUGGAAAAACCAAAAUCACUUGUGUCUUCUAUUCUUCUGGAAGACCUAGCAGUAUCCUUGACUAUUCCCUCUCCUUUGAAGUCGGAUGCUCAUCUUAGUUUCUUGAAGCCUGACAUGUUUGGAUUGGUUCCUGAAGAUGUUGUGAGUGCACACUUCAGUGAAGAUGCCCAUCUUGAAGAGGAGGAUGCCUCUGAACAAGAUAUCCAUUUGGCUUUGGAAUCUGAUAACUCAAGCAGUAAAUCCAGCUGCUCUUCCUCAUGGCCAACCAUGCCAACUGCUCCAGGAUUUCAGUAUUGCACAAGCCUGCCAAUGCAGGCAGUAAUAAUGGAGAAAUCAAAUGAUCACUUCAUUGUUAAGAUAAGGCGUGCCGUACCAUGUACCUCACCACGCCUUGAUCAGGCAUCUCUAGCAAAUGACUCACUGACCUCUUUUAUUGAGAGAGGGAAUGAUGAAAGUGUGUCUGAAGAAAAAUUAGCUACUCCAAAUUCCAAAGCCCUAUCACUGGAAGAAAUGGCAGUAUCUAAGGAACAGAACAAUAUUACUGACUCUGAGGAUAAGAUGCAUGACGAUGUUGAAAAAGAGCAUCUUCCUGGUCCAUUUGAGACUGUGAAGGAACCAUCUGUCUGUUAUGAAAACAAUCAGGUUCUUGAUCUGUCUGAAUCCCAGCCAGAAUCUAAUCCUACCGCUCCUGACAACAUGCUUGAAUCUGUAGAGGAUCUGCUUAGUAAUGCCAGACAAGAGCAAGAUUGUGACAUGCCUGACCCCCUUCAUGAGCUAUCUAGCAAUACAAGUCAGCACCAAGGCUUGAUUGAAGUCCAUCAAGUAUUCCAUAAGAGUGUUGGCCCAGAAGAAGCCUCUGAUUUACCUGUUCCACCUGAAGAAAUGGAGAAAUCCUCUGGCUCUUUAGUGGAACCAUCAAAGAAAACUUGCCACAGUGAAGACAUACCAGAUGUCUUUAAGCUACCUCAGACACAUUCGUUGAAGGUGCUCCAACAAAAGGAUGUACCCUAUGCUAUAGCAAAGCAACUUCCAAUUAGCUCUGCAGUAGUUCCACUUGUAGAUGUAUUUUCCUCUGAGAGCCGCUGUGAUAUAGGUAUAGACUUGACAAGUGAGCCUCCCAUGGAAAAUGAAGUGGAUUCAUGGAACCUUACAGCAGAAUCUGUUUUAAACUCUGGAAUUGGACGUGUAUGUAAAGAGGAACAUGAGCCAGCAGGCCACUGUGUAGCAGAUGAUCUGUUGAGGUGUGAUGCUGAUGCAGUUACAGACGUGACAGUAGAGUUACCUGACAAGCCUACUGCAGAUGAGAAUUUUGCAAGAAAAGCUGCUUUAAAGAUUGGUGGUCCAAUCCCUGGCAAAGAAAGCAAAAAAAGAAAAAGAGACCUUGAAGAAACAUCCAGCAUAAAAAGGCAAAGAAAGGAGAGCAGUGAACUGUCUUGUAAAAAGGACAGCAAAAAUAGCAAAAAAUCUGAAGAGAGUAUGCCAGUAGCGAAGAGUUCAUCCAGUAAAAAGGCUGCAUCAAUUAGGGACAAAGGUCCUUUACCACAGCCAUCUUCUGUUUCAACAUGUGUAUAUGCCAAAAAUAUCAUUAAAAAGAAAGGAGAAGUCGUAAUUUCCUGGACAAGAAAUGAUGACAGGGAGAUACUAUUGGAAUGUCAGAAAAAGGGACCUUCAGAAAAAACUUUUUCUUCUGUUGCUGCCAGGCUAAAUAAAAGCUCAAAUCAGGUUGAAGAAAGAUUCAAACAGUUAGUAAAGCUGUUCAAUAUGUCAAAUUGCAGUUAGCGACUG